GAUCGCACCUUGUAGAGGAGCUUAUAUCCAUCUCCGAUGUCGCCUGGCUUUGCCCGCGCCACUUAGUUUCCUGUAUGAUACAUCGACUCGCCGCGUCUCCAGAAAUCUGCUAACUCUCGAGAAUGAGAGGUUGAUGAUGGUUUCAAAGAAAAUAUGCUACUUAUACACGCUCGUCAUUGGCCUUGGAGUUUUGGAUUUAUAUAUGGUUUCGGAUUUUAUAACUGAUGCAAAGCAGGCAUUUGCCCGAGUACAAGCCUUCGGACAUGCGCUGUUUGAUCUCGAAAUCAUAAACAAGCCUGUGUUUCCUCAUAAACCUGAGACUGAGCAUGUCUCUUGUCAAAGGUUACUUACUGGAGACAAGGUAUACAUCAGUGAUAUUGUUCGUAAACGUCCAGUGCUACAACAUCGAUGGUUGGACAUGUCGUGCAGUGGAAUAAGAGCUCGUAUAUUACCCCCAAAGCCUUUGGAAAAGCUGGAUUUUGGUGUGGCUUACGCUCGCAUUGUUUAUGAGGACUACGAAUUCAUUGAGGACGAAGUCAGAUCCAGCUGUCAUUCACAAAACAUCUUCUGUUUUUCGGUGGACGCAAAACAGAAAAAUGAGUUCUACUCGAAGAUUUUUGCGCUUUCGAUUUGUCUCCCCAAUGUGUUGCUAGCACCAAUGCGUUAUGGAGUCAAUAACGCUGGUUACAAUAUGAACCAAGCUCAUUAUGACUGCCUCAAACUACUUUCUAAGCAUAAAGGCUGGCAAUACGUCUUAUUACUUCAGAAUCACGACAUGAUGAUUAAAACUGUGUACGAGACAGUGACGAUAUUGAAGGAGUUUGAUGGGGCUAAUGACAUUUGUGUAAGGCAGUGCGAACCGAGUAGAUGGAAUCAUUCUGCAAAGUGGUAUGCGAGUUCAUUGAAGCUGUUUCGUAAUGAAUCACAAGCGACGCCGACGCAACUAGCAACCAAUUUGACAAUUGUUCGAGGACUGGUGCAAUGCUCACUAAGCCGAGCUGCUGUUGAAUGGGCUGUCAAUACCGUAGACUUAACCACGCUCAUCAAUCAGCUGAACACCAAUGCAUAUGCCGUAGAUGAGACGCUUUGGGCUGUCUUACAAAUGAGCGACGAUCUGCAAAUGCCAGGAAGAUUUACCGGAAAGUGCAUCAGCAACAAGACAUAUGUGCCUUGCAUCACUAGAGUUACGUUUUGGAGUUGGCAUAAGCAAUAUUUCCAAUGUCCUUGGUACAGACAUGGCAUAUGUAUAUUUGGAGUUGAGAAUUUGCAACGACUGUCUACGAUCAAGGGUCUAGUGGCUAACAAACCUUUCCCUUCCUUUGAUUACGCACUUAUUGACUGCGUACACGAGUUGCUCUUCAAUCGAACACAUCUGGGUCAAAUGGACCAAAAGUUGGAUUUGCAAUUUUACAGAUCUCUCGAAAAUGUUCGCUAUCACAAGAAGGUCCUCAACCCUGAUCUAUCCUACAAACUUCAUUGCCCAACUUAUCACACCUGGGAUAUCUUUAUGGGUCAUGAGUCCUUCCUGUCCUCAUCAUUUCCAGGAUGAUCCUCGCCUUGUGUAUGAGAGCGUUAAAACGCCUUGCAAACCAUGAGCGACAGCCCAAAAUCUUGAGUUACGAUUUUGUCAGAAUGCUCAACUCUAUUUAUUCGUAUUGUUUGGAAUGCAUUUAGCUCUAUAGGGAUGAUCUUGAAAUUUCCAAAAAAAAAACCCUCAAAAGUCGGCCAAUUUUGUGCAUUUAAUUGGAGAU